CACGCCACCUUGCCAAACAAAAGCUAUCUUUUUCUUUUCUCUCCAAAACAGUGCGACGUGUUGGUUUCAAAAACAGUGAAAACUUGCGUUUAAGCUUUGAAACAACGCCGUUUCCGCCAUUAUCUACUAUACUAAACUCCAAUUUUCUCGUUUCGCGUGUCCUUGUGAGCAAAAUGGAUGAUGAGGAGCAGAAUAGUGUUACUGGAAGUUGUCCUGAGUUUGGUGCAAUCUUCAUGUCGAACAAUGCAACAAAAAAAGAAUGUUUAAGAAGAAAAGUUUUUGCCCUCCCAUAUUCGCAGUCCCACUUUGUGAAACAGGUUAAAGCUGGGAUGAUUCUAUUUCUGUUUGAAUUUGAGAAGAGAGAACUGCAUGGUGUGUUUCAAGCAUGCUCUGACGGUGCAAUGGAUAUUCUACCUCAUGCAUUCAGAUCAUCAGGGAAGCAAUUCCCUGCACAGAUUUUCAUCCAGGUAAAAUUCACCCCUUUGUGGUACUGUUGUCCGCUUUCUGAAAAUGAAUUCCGUGAUGCUAUCAGAGAAAACUAUUUUUCCAGAAACAAGUUUAACUUUGGACUAUCUGAAGAUCAGGUUCGAAGGCUUCUAUCAUUGUUCAGUUUGAAGAGAUUGAAAGAUCAGGCACCUCAGAGACAGUUGGCUGUUGCAAGGCCAAGUGGGUACUCUACAAGUAAAAACAGAAGACCAGUUGAUAGGUUGCCAAAUAGUGACCAGGUACUGGGUAAAUAUGAUGUGGACAGCCAUCACGGUCCAGUUAUCUCAACGAUGCACCAAGGGGAUUCUUUCUAUAAUGAUGACAGAGCAACUGAUGGUGGCAGAUUUGGAACAUUCAAUGAUGUGGGAUAUGAGCAUAAAGCCAGUGCCUUCUUAAAUGAAUGUUUUCGGGAUCUUAUGGCUAAAGUUGGAGGGAACACAAAUGCUGGUGAAAAUGCCACAAGUAAUAGGGUGGACAAUGAAUGGAAUGGCAUUGAUCUUCAACCAGCAGUUUCAAUUGGGUAUUCUUCAGGUAAUUUCAGAAGCAUUUACAAUGAUGUUAGGUUUGCAAACAGUGAUAGGAUUGAAAGAAAAUGUUACAAGGAUGAUGGUUUUCCACUAACCAUCUCAACAGCAUAUCCUAGUUCUUUUCCCUCUAAAGUUAAUACACAGGUGUAUUCUAGUAAACAUGUUCUAGAAACAGAUUCGUUUAUUGAUGACCCAACUAGGCCAUCUUCAAUGUUCCUUCCCUCAAUGGAGAUGCAAAACUCCAAUGUUAGUUAUCCAAUGACUUUUGAAGAUUCAAUUGUUACAACUACUCUUCCUUAUGAUCCCAAUGUCCCUAGUAUCAAUUAUAGGGACUCAUCUUUGGGGUUCAAUCAGGGUCAUGCUCCAUUGCAAGAAUAUUCUAGUCAUGAUAGUUUUGUUGGUAAAGCCCUUGGUUCUUCCCCAAAUCAAUCAUUUCCUUCAUUACUAGAGACCAGAAGGACAACCAUAACCCCUGAUUUCAACUCUGAUUCUGGGGACUUCAUUCCAUUGCCUUUUCCUAAUCAGUAUGAACGCUCCAGCAGGACUAGCCAGCCAAGCCAUGACUAUCUAGAUGACCUAGCAGCAGAAUACUCUAACAAAGAACGCUGUGGUGAUCUUUCCCUUCUGAAGCCCUCUUUAGCACCUGUUCCUUCUGAAAUUAGAAAUAAUGUCACAAUAAGUGAGCAUUCAACCUCUUAUAGAACCUGUCCUAGCAAGUUUCCUUCUCUCGCCUUUUCUGACAGGUAUCCUGCAUUAUUACAAGACAAGCAUGAUUAUCAAGUGCCAGAGCAUGAAAAUGAUGCGGAAUUUGGUAAUGGUUUUAUGUUUAAAGAGUGCCAGCACCAUGGUGACUCUUUUUAUAAUGACAACAGAGCAAUUGAGGAUGGCAGAUUUGCAACAUACAAGAAUGUGGAAUAUGAGAAUAAAGAGAGCCAGCAUCAGCUGAAUGUUCAUGAAUUUACAAAAGUGGACUACCAUGAAGUUACUUCAUUGAGUCCUGCUGCAUAUCCAGAUCGCCAGAAGAAAAGGAGUAGUGUGUUUUCUCGCCUGGCUUUGCCUCCUAAAGGUCGUGAACAAGAAAGUAACACCCCUCUUGGCACAGCAGACAUCAAUAGGCAUACUUCAGUGGAUGAAGUCAUGGACAUGCUGCACCAAACCCGUUACCCUUGGGUGAAGACAAGAUGUAAACAGUUAGUCAAGCAUCAGGAUAAUGCUGCCAACCUUAGGGAUAAAAAACAGGCCACUGGGAAAGAUGGCUUGGCUAUGAUCUCAAAGGAGAUGAAUGUGAAGCCUACCUCGUUCAGCAAGGAGAAUAGCAGCCAAAAAACUGAAGAGAUGACUUUUGUGGAUUUCAAACGUCGUAGUGCAGUGAGAAAGAACCUUGAAGAUGGUAAGAGUAGAAACCAUUGUGAAACUCUAAAUAACAAGAGUGCAUCAGCUGCACAAUGCAAAAGGAGAAAAUUGAUUAGGCCAGACUUCUGUGUGAAUGAGUCAUCUGACAUGGGCAUAUCAGGUGAUACUUCUGAAAAUGUAAUAGCAUCCUCAACAGAAUGUUCUGUUAGUAAAAAUGCUGAAAGUAUCAGGGUUUCUGUUUGCCGUGCAAAUGAAAAUGAUAUUUCACAAAAUGUUAAAUUGCCAAAUGUGAUAUGCCAGACUGCUUUAGAAGGCAACAGCUUUGACAAGGGAAGUGGCUCAAACUCAGAACAAUUUAGUAUGGAGAGCUUUGUUGCUUCGAGAUGUGCUGAUGAAGGUGGAAAAGAAUCACAAAAUCAUGGCAUCUCAAGCAUGACUUCAGUUUCUCGUGGGGAUGCAUGUAUUGAAAUUGAGCAAGAUUUGGCUACUAGAGAUAUGGGGAUGGAUGGAUUAUCUCAAAAUCGUAAUGCCGUGAGCCAUUCCAUUCAUGAGUCAACUCCAAAAGUUUGUGAAGACAAUGAUGGUAAUGGAGUUGCAAAGAGUGAGUUAUUUUACAAUAUUGAACAGAUCAAUGACCUCUUCCCUGUUGGUGGAUCUAUCCAUCAGCAAUGUGAACUAAGGGAAUCAAUGUGAAAGGCCCCUGCCUGGAGGCCUUAUACUAUUGUACAUUUUUUUGCAGAAAUGAGACUCAGAGAAAUCAAGCAGCAGCCAUCUUUUGGAUUUGGUAAGAGACAAUGAGAGUCAAAUUUUGGGAGCACCAACUGCUUAAAUACGCAAGAUUCAUAGCAUGAAAUACAUAAUGAAAUAUUAGAUGUGGAAGUACUUUCUACAGUCUGUGAAAUUGGUUUUUGGUCAAAUUCUUGAAGAUAGCUACCAGGUUUUGUGGAGCAGUUGUAACAUGUUCAUCAGGCAACGAAGAGCCGUUUCAUGCCAACCAAAAUUCAAUAGUUAUGUCAUGAGCUUUGUUUACAUUGAUCGGAAUGAUGACCAGUUCAUGGAAUUUCUCUACUCUUUUGCCCUUUUUUUUUUUUUGGUUGGUGGAAGUUCUUUGUUUGGUAAAAUUCGUUUUUGCUCGGUGAUUUAUUGUAAUUUGGUGUUGCCUGGCAAUUUGGAUCCAGGCCUUGGACUUGGACUUGAUGUUUUUGGCAUCAGGAUGGAGACUAUUGUUGAAUCUUGCUUUCAUCUUGGUCCUUUGAAAAUGACUCAUAAUCAAUCUCCAGCAGCCAUAUACUAAGAACGUAAAUGGAAGUGAAAUAUGUUAGGUAAGCACGUAGAAGGAAGUGAAGUAUGUUGGGC